AUGAGCUUAGCGCUUCUAGGGGGCUACUCCUCCGCCGAGGACGACGACCCCGCCGCCGGCGCCGGCGUCGAGCUGAGCGACUCCGGCGACUCAUCAGCCGAAGAGGCCGGAUCUGACGGAGACGAGAAGUCCGCUCCAUCGAAGCCGGCUGCGAAGCCCCGCCCCCGCGUAAACCCUAGCCCCGGAGAUGGGGACUCCUCGCUGCCCUCGGCGCUAGAUGUCUUCGCCGAGAUCUCCGGGCCCCCGGCUUUCCUCAACCGCAGAGUGGCCCAGCCCGAGGAGGUCGGGGAGGCGCUCGGCGUGCUCGAUCGUCGCUCCAACUCCAAGAGGAGAAAGCCGCCACCUCCCGGUGCGGUUGUGGCGGCGAAGCCACAGUUGGUUGCCAUCCGUGAACGAGUUAGCAGUGACGUGAAGAAUGGUGCCAACCCUCCAGUUGCGGUUGUGUCGGCGAAACCACAGUUGGUUGCUGGUCACGAACGAGUUAGCAGUGACAUGAAGAAUGGUGCCAGCCCUCCAGGUUCUGUUGAAGGAAAGAGGAAAAUAGGCGCUGCAAAUCCUGGUCCGGAAGAUGCUGCCGAGCUUCUAAGAAUGUGCCUCCAGUGUGGUAUACCAAAAACCUAUUCACAUGCGCAAGGAAUGGUAUGCCCUGUUUGCAACGACAGACCGGUGCAGGCUAAAGAGCCAGAGAAGAAGAAGGGUUCUGCUGUGAAAGACAAGGAGAAAGUGAAGAGGAUGAGAGGGCAAUCGUCACAUGCAUCAUGGAAGAGCGAAACUGAGAUGGCCCUGCGCCAACAAUUCGACUGA